UUUAUCAGCCCCACCCUUUUGCUAAUCAAAGUUGUCAAACAACUCCCUUUUCUUUCUGUUCCACUCUUUGUCUCUCUUUGCUCGCUAUUCUCUCGCAAAAUGAUCAGAACUACUUCUGAAGAGAAGCCGUGGGGACAAAUAAUAAUGAAAGUUGUACAAAUUGUCACUCUGUUCCUAGCAAUUGUAUUAGCUGGUGCUUGGUCUAGUAAAGGUGUAAAGUUUACUGAUUUAAAUACUGAUGGGCUCAAUCAAUUAACAGCCUUUGAGUUUUUAAUUGUGAUUGGAGUAUUUGGAAUUAUAUGGGCCAUAGUCUCACUAGUUGUGUUCUGCUUUAAGCAAGAUCUUCCUGCCAUUGUGGUGCUUAUCAUUACUAUUAUAAUGGCAUUCUUUGUUAUAAUUUCUGCUGCAGUUUUUGCAGCUAGUAUACGUGACUUAGCAGUCUCCAAAGAGAACAGAUUUUUAGAUUUAAACCUUUCAGCACUAGAAGCUGCUUGUUUCUUUGCUGUUUUGGGAGCAGUAGCCUAUACUGGUGAUGUUAUACUUGAGAUUAUUGCUCUUGUUUUUGCCAUCAUGAAGGUCGGUGUCCAGAAACUAUAUCUAGGCUCAUGUUGCCUGAACUAAUAAGUAAUGCACCACUGAUUUAUAUAUAUAGUUUUUAAUGGCUACAGAAAUAUUCAAUAAACAUAAUGAAUUUAUUAUUAUUUAUCUGCUCAUAAUCUUUUAAAGUACCAACUUUCUCAUACUA